CUGCUGGUAUCAGAGUAGUGUGUUCCUGGAAAGUGUGUGUAGCUUUAUUUAAUUUGGAUCUUUGUAUCUUCGUAGCCUUAUGAGGAUGUGUUAGAGUACAUGGGUUUUUGAAAGAGAUGCCGGGUGGGAAUAAUUCUUAACUGGACGUUUUUCCCUCCCGUCCGGUUGUUAUGGAGCAGCCACCUGGGAGCAUAGAUGACCUACAGCCUCAAGACCUCUCCUGGCACCCCAACUCGGCCACUAGCAACCCUGGAUUACCCUUCUCAGAGACCGGCUCCUCGGACACGACUCUCCAAUCAGGGGAUCAACUCCAACCAGACAAUGCCUUCUCCCACACUACAGUCACCCUCUCCUAUGUGAGCAGGUCCCAUAUGUUCUCCUCUCACAACUCCCUGCCUCUGCAUUCAGCGCUCUAUGAUGUACAGCCUAUUAGCAAGUUGUCCUUCCACCCUCCUGACACGGAUGAAGGGCUUGGGGAGACUGGCUAUGCACUCAACCAGCAUUAUUUGGAGCAGGUGGAUGGGCCUGUGGACCUCGCCACUCAGACAGAACUUUUUCAGUCAUUGUCUCAGGCACAUGUGGGACCAGAGAACAAUGGGGGAGUGAUUUCAAGCAACUGGGACAAAGAUAAGCAUGGAAAAGGUGAAAAGGAACACAGCCAUUCUGUGGAAAUUAGUCGGGGUUCUCACAACGGAAAUGGGGAUAGCUGUUUGAGUUCAGGAGUUUGUGCUGAGUCACCGGAGACACUCACCCCUGCCACAGUGGAGGAUGAGGAGAGGAGUGACUCUGAGGUGCUCUUUCUUAUGUCUAAGAAACAGGACCCAGCUGUGAGAUCUAAACUGUGUUCACUAAGCAGGGAGUACAGCAGUCAUCUGGAGGACCCAGUCUCCCCGGCUGCUACCUCACUGGACAAUGUGGAUGAUAUGUUCACCCUGCCUCAGGCCUCCAGCUCACCCAGCGGCGAUAACUCUUACCCAGACACCAGUGAAGAGGCUGCGUGGGAUGUAUUGAAGACAGAGGGGGCCAUUCAGGAAGGCUUUGGCAUCAGCAAUAGUACCACAAAGUUAGAUUCAAGGGCUGAAAAUAGGCAGCCUGUGCACAAACGAAAGGCAGUGCUGGAGCCUUUGAUUGACUUGACAGAUGACUUUUGUGUGUCAGAUGUUUCGGAAAAUAAGACUAUUCCUCACAUGAACGGUAAUGCAAAGGCAUCACAGAGAACUUUAACAAAAAAGAAACUGCCAGUGCGGCCGGGCAGAGGGACGCGGUUAGAGGCUAUAGUAAUGGACAUUAACUCCAGCAGGUAUAAAGUGUCAGGACGCAUACGCACCAAUAAGAAAGCAAAGGCUUCCCAAUCGACAGCUAGUGAUUCUGAGGAAACCAAUCCUCAGAAAAUUGACAUCUUGUCAGUAGGGAAAAAGAAAAGCAGAGCAAAAGCGCCUGUCUCGGUGAAAACAAUGAAACAAAAAGCAAUGAAAAGAGGUAAAACUAAUAACAUGAAAACUGACAAUUGCAAUGAAUCUACCUCUGAUUCUGAAAUCAAUAAUUCUACUAAUUCUAACGGCUGCACACCUCCAAAACGCUCUCGGUUAGCUGUACAAAAUAAUUUGAAGAAGGAGCCAGAGGAUGUUUCACACACGGAACAUUCACCACAGACUAGCCAUAUGAAUGCAAAGAGGAAACCCUCAUCACAAUCCAGUCCUCUGCACAGAAACCUACCAGAGCCAGAGAAUGUCUCUCACUCUGACCCCUCAGUGGAAAGAUGUUCCCCUGCACUGUCAUCCAAAUCUCCAAAGAAAAGCCAAGGCAAAGCCAAAGGCAAGGCUACAGGUAGCAAAACAUCUGCCAAGCCUAAGGGGGCCCGCACUCCCAGGAGGAGGCAAAAGAAACAGACAUGGAUUCAGUCGACUUCCAUUUUCUCCCCCAGAGAGCCAGAGAUCAAGUUGAAGUAUGUCAACUACAAGGAGGAGAAAAGGCACUUUAGGGUGGACAAUUUCUCUCCGUUCGUCCGUGUGGAGAGUAAGUCAUUGCCAUCACUGUACACCGUGAUCAACUACCCCGAGGAGGUGGGGACACAACUCAAGAAGGGCCCCCAGCAGCAGGGCUCCCAGCAGCAGGCCCAGAACUGUGGCUUUGUCUCUGCUGUGAUACCGAGCACUUCCUGUCUGCAGCUGGGCCGGGCCUCCCUGCAGAGCCAGCACCAGCGCGCUCUGGUCUGCUGCCUGUGCGGGGGGGCGGCCAACGCCAUGGACCUGGGGGACCUCCACGGGCCCUAUUAUCCAGAAAAGUACCGGCCCAACACCAAAGCAACAGCCAGAGUGUCGGACCUCAAACAGGAAGCAGACAGUGAUUCAGACUCCUCAUCCUGUGACAUCAGAGGCAGGGGGGGGAAGAGGGCCGUUCCAUCCAAACCACGGCCCCUCAGGCCAGGAGCCAAGUUAAAGCAGAAGGGCCUCCUGGAGAGCCAGCUGUGGGCAGCGGACGGCCCCGGCAGCCCUGCAGCUAAGCGGGCCCGGGCAGACCCUGGCUCUGCUGCUGAUGUGGAGGACUGGUACAGCCCCCCUGUGCUCCCUAUGAAGCUCUGUGAGUACUGGCUCCACGAAGACUGCGGCAUCUGGGCCGCAGGCGUGUUCCUGGUGAAGGGCAGAGUGUACGGGCUGGAGGAGGCUGUGAAGGUGGCGCAGGAGAUGAUGUGUUCGGCGUGCAGUGAACCCGGUGCUACUCUGGGCUGCUUCUUCAAAGGCUGUCCCAACAAAUACCACUACCGCUGUGCUCUGCAGUCAGAUGGUGAACUCAUUGAAGAAAACCUUUCCAUGAAGUGUAAAAAGCACAAGAACAAAAGAUUAAAAGCCCCUCCAGGGAACCGAAGGGAUGACAGGUGACAGCGGGAGCAGAAACAUCACGAGACAUUCACACGCAACAUCCUGCAGGGCCUCUCCUUCCUUUUCUGCUGGUAACCACGGCAACAGUGGACCAGGGUAUCUUCUGACUGACAGCUAGCACCCGUAAACCUUAACUCCACCCUCUGACUGUUGACCCCCACACUGUGGCUGGAGACAGGAAACCCACCCUUGCAUAGAAUUUGUCAUUUGUGUUCUCAAGCUUUAGCUAUUUAUAUGGAUUUGUUCUGUUCCUGGACUAAAUAUGGAUACAAUCAAAGAUAUUUAAUUUUUUUUAAAGACUUUUUAAGUAUCUGCUAAUAUUUGGUUAUAUUUAUUCCUGGACUUUUCUCGUGGAAGAGGUAUGAUUGUGUGAUUUUUAAGUUAUUGGUAAGGGAGAUGCUGCUCAAUGGAGAUGAGACACUCGCAGAACAAGGUACCUGAUUGGACGCUCUCAAAACAACAGGGUUCCAUAUUAUUUAACGGGAGAGCUUUUUGGAUCAUAGCACAUGGUUUCGUUUCCAACAACACUUGCACUAAACGUUGGGCCCAGAUGAAGUUACCCAGGAGACCGAACAGUUAGUGUUUGAAUGUAUUCUCAUGGAGGGUUUAUUUAGCAGAAAGCACUUUGGAGUGACAAUGUCUGGUCUUCUGCUACGGCUGCAGUAUUACCUUAGCCGCCCCCCCCCCCCACCCCUUACUGUGUCAUAUAUCAUUUGCUUCAGGCUCCCUGUGUGGCUCUUUGAGGUUUAAAGCUUCUUCCAGCCAUCAGGAUGAGACCUUGUGAUUUUUAUUUGGCUCAAAGCACUUUGGCCUCCCCCUUCAGACAGGGAGAAUGUAAGUCUGCCCGUGUUGUGUUUAUAGAAACGGCUAGUAAAUCAGUUAAUGGAACUUCCGUAUGAUUUGUUGAGAGUUUCGUACAUGAAAGCAGGCCUAGAUUUGUUGCUGGAUUUCUUUCAGUUAAAGUCAUCCGCUGUUUACUUUGGGUUUUUUGCACUCAUGGGGAGGAAUCAGUUUCAUUUUCUGAUUUUUGCAGCACAGCAUUCAAAUACUUUUUAAUGUACCUCAACAUUCUUCUGGGAUAAAAAGACCACAACUUUAUCUGUGUUAAGAUGGUUCUGUGCAUAUUCCUAAGCUGACAUGCUUGGUGUACAUCAUUCUUUAUUUUAAUCUGAAUGCAUGUGUUAGUGUAAAGAUUCCUGAUCCUCUUCUGCAAUGUAUUUCUUCACUUGGUCCUAAAUGGUGAAUUCCCACCAGAACCUGAAAAAGCCUUAUCUGGACAGGAAGUAGUUUCUCCUAUUCUCACUUGCUUGUGGUGCAAUGACAAAUCAGCGGAUGUAAAUCACCUCUCUAUGGACACGUUGAGGACUAAAGGCAGCUUUCAUGCACUUUUCCUCUGCAGACUUCAUGUUAGUGAUCCCAGAACACGGUAGAGCGGUUCCUAAUGAACUCUGGGACAUGUUGAACCCAUGCACUGUGAUGAGUAUUAUCAGGUGCUGCGAGCCUGCCUCUUCUUUUUAGAGAAACAUCUACAUGUGAUCAGUGUUGGUGUUUGUCUAUGUACUUCUGCAUAGCGCCCAUAGGGGGCAGCAUUGUGCUGUCUAAGACCAGUGAGCUCCUUUUUAAAGCACGACACACACCAAUCUCCUCAUCCUGGAACAAGUCUGUUUUAUUUGUGCCAUCCUUGUGAUUUGUGUAUUUUAUAGGGUUUUUUUGAAUAUUUUUUCAAUUACAUUAAAUUGUUUGCAUUGUACCAAAUACAGAUUUUGGAAUAUGUUUUACAAAAUGUUUGGAUUUCAAAAUGAUUUUGUGUGCGUGUUAAUCUCAGGGCUGAAUCUCAGAUAUUCUAAUAAUAAUUUAAUCUUUUCGGUUUUUCUGGACUCGUUGUGUUGACCCCACAUUGACUGGAGCAUUAAUACAUGUAGCAGGAUGUGGUCAUAUGUCCUGGUACACACUACUCAUCACAUUCCAGCGCCUCCUCCAUGUGUGUGUCUGCUGUGGUGAUUUUAGGUUCAACAUGGGACUAGGACUGCCAACUCGUGUCACUUUUUUUUCAUGCUUUUUAUUUUAUUGGAAUCUUUUGUACCAUCUUGCUCACCUCUUGGAGCAGCAGAGGUCAUGUAAUUGUCCAAAAUAAAUAUUUUGUUUAACGUU